AUGCCCGCAUUGAGCCAAUCCCCUCCCCCCCGCCGUCGCACUACACCUCGUCGAGCCUCUGUCAGCCCGUCGCGCGACACUGGUGUGAAAGGAAUUACCCGAAAAGUCAUCAGACAUCUAGAAGGUCUCGGACAUUUGGUUGAAGGCGACGUUGACGAAGAAAUGGACGACGAAUCUGAAGUCGCUGAGUCUCUCAAAGAGGAUCGCAGAGCCGGAAAGCGUCCCGCACCCCCACAACCGAAGAAAAUAGACUGGGAAAUACCACGAAAGGUGUUCCAUUCAUCUAUUGGCUUUUUGACGGGUGGGUUGUACCUGACACCAAGCAUCUCUCCUCGAGAUGUUGCGAUUGGGCUGUGGGCGGCCCUUUCGUUCAUCGGCUCGGCUGACGUCGUUCGGCUACGCAAUGCCGACUUCGAACGACUCUACGAGAGGGUCCUUGGUUUCCUCAUGCGUGAAAGCGAGCGUCAUGGUACCAAUGGCACCGUAUGGUAUAUCCUAGGCGUUAACUUUGCGCUUACCUUCUACCCAAUCGACGUUGCCACCGUCGCUAUUCUUAUGUGCGUCAUUUCUCCUACUCACCCCCACCUCACACGACCAUUUUCACUCCUCUUUACUCCUUACUUGGCAUUAAGCCUCAAGGCAAUGUCCCUUUACUUCUUUCGUCUCACUGGUGCUCUAACAAAUCUACGUGCCCUACGUGCCCUGCUCUCAGAACUCCCUAUUUUCGUCUUUCCUGCGGCCUUUAUCUUUACUGAUGACGUUUCCAUAUUUAGUCUAUCGUGGGCCGACACCGCAGCCUCGACAAUUGGGCGGAUGUAUGGUCCGCGAACCCCACCUCUCCCAACAAGCAUGUCUCUGUCGUGGCUGCCCUCUUGGGUCUGGGUACCGCGUUUUCUGCUCGUGACUCCCCCGACGGUCCAAGCAAAUGGCCACGUCAAGGGCAACCCAAAGCCUCCGCAACUCGCCAGACGAUUGCGACUCCCUUUUGCUCCACGCAAAAGCACGGCUGGUUUUAUUGCCGCGUGCAUCACUGGCUCACUCGUGGCCCUGGUUUUCUGGGUCGGCAUUGCUGGGUGGAACAUUCGAGGUGUCGCUGAAAUGCGGGCUGUCGCUGAAGGUGCACCAGGAGUAGCCACCAACUAUCACUCGCAGUAUUCGAUUGCCGGACAGUACAUCCGAAGCGCUUCAGGUGCAUGGGUCCGUAACUGGGUACCAGAAGGUGUUAUUGGAGGUGUCGCUGGAGCAUACGACCCCACUGCCGGAGCCAAGACCACACCAGCACGCUUCGGUGUUGGCGGGUGGGCAGGACUCCUUGCCGUUACGCUUUUUGCAGGCAUUGUCAGUGGCAUUGCCGAGGCAUUGGACUUGGGCGGCCUGGACGACAACCUUACCCUUCCCAUUAUAUCCGGCGGCGCGCUUAUGGCCUUUUUCCGAGUCUGGGGAUGGAUGGUCGGCAGAUAG